AUGGCAUCUCCCACUUUCAUCCCAUGGCUCCUCUUCACCCUCCUCCAAACCACAGCAGCCGCCCUCUCCUCCCAGCCACCAUUCUCACAAACACCAAACACACCGCCCCUCGUCACCAUCAAAAACGGAACUCUAGCCGGCGCCCACAACCCAUCCUACAACCAAGACUUCUUCCUAGGCAUCCCCUUCGCCUCCCCUCCCCUCGCCGACCUCCGUCUCCGCCGCCCCGCCCCCUCCAAACCAUGGCCCGGCUUCACGAGACUCGCAGACGAGUAUGGACCGUGGUGCAUCGGAAACGUCCUACCCGUCCCGGGCCUCACACAACCCGCCAAGCACCGCGAGGACGAAGACUGCCUCCACCUCAACAUCAUCCGCCCCUCCCCCUCCCCCGGCCCCGCCCCGGUCCCGGUCCCGGUCCCGAUGCCCGUCCUCGUCUGGAUCCACGGCGGCGGCUUCCAGGACGGCAGCGCCGUCGACCCGCGCUACAACGGCUCCUUCCUCGUCCGCGAGUCCGUCGCGAUGGGGACCCCCGUCAUCUUUGUGAGUAUCAACUACCGCCUCGGCGUCUUCGGCAUGAUGUACGGCGCGGCGGUCGAGGCCGAGGCGGGCACGAACCUGCUCCUGCAUGACCAGCGCCGCGCCCUGCUGUGGAUCCGGGAGAACAUCGCCGACUUCGGGGGGGACCCCUCCCGCGUGACCAUCGCGGGGCAGUCCGCGGGCGGGUUCUCAGUCGGCCACCACCUCACCGGCCGCGAUGACGCCCUCUUCAGCGGCGCCAUCGCCCAAAGCGGCCCGCCCUUCUCCACGACACCCCCCAUGACCCCCGCCGAGAAGGAGGCGCACUUCGACACGAUCCUCAACAUCACCGGGUGUCCCCGCGGAGCCGCCGCCAUGUCCUGUCUCCGAACAACCCCGGCAUCGCUCCUCCAGCGCGCCGGCCUUCUGCUCGGCUACUCCGACGCGGUCACCAUCGACGCCGACGACAUCCUCACGAACUCGAGCUACAACCUCCUCCGCGCGGGCGCCUUCGUCAAGGUCCCCCUCCUCAUCGGCACGACCCGCAACGAAGCCACCUCCAUCCUGCAAUUCGCCAUGCCGGGGCCGCUGAACACCUUCGCCGACUUCGCGGGCAUCGGUGCGGCCGCCUCCAACGGCGGCAAGCCGCUGCCGGAGGAGCUCGUAAGGCGGUGGUUCGCGCUCUACGGUGACGAGAUCGACCACCCUUCCCCGGCGGGACUGGGUACGGUGCUGGCGCACCCGGGGCCGGAGCUCGGGGCCGAGUACGGCAGGACGGCGUUGUUCGUCGGGGACGCCAUGUUCAACGCGGGGAAGAGGUUCGCGGCGCGGGCGUGGGCUGAGAGAGGGGUGGAUUGCUAUAGUUACUUCUUCGACACGGUGCCGGCGCACGUGGAUGCGGAGACGAUGGGGGCGACGCAUUUCAUGGAGAUCCCGUUCGUGUUUGGGAAUAAGGAGGGGGCCGGGUGGGAGGUGGACCCGUUUCCGGAGGACGCUGGGAUGAGGAGGAGGUUUGAGGAUUUGGCGGAGGUGAUGAGUCGGAUGUGGAUCAGUUUUGUGGUGUACGGGUCGCCGAAUCACCAUCGACGUAAGUUCACACCGAACCCCCUGGAACCUAUUGCGCAGCUGGCUGAUAUCUUGAGACUAGUGCUUGGAGGUAACGUCACAUGGCCGCCGUACUCGCGCGAAGAGCCGAUGGAAUUCGUCUUCAGCGCUGUGAAGGGCGCGUCUCUGCAGGCUGAUACUUGGAGAGAGGAGGCCAUUCAGAUGUUCUUUGACCUGGCGGAGGAGGUAAAUCGACCAUGA